GGAAAAACAAAUCCUCUUGUCUGAAAGUUCAAGACCUGGGCCUUUGAUAUUUGGCAUGUUGUAUUGCCUAGUGGUUAUCUAACAAGGUUGCUCAAAUUAUGCCCCUGGGGCGAAAAGAGGUAUAUAGGAAAAAAUACUUCAAAAAUUAUCUGAUAAUAUUUCCUAGACUGUUAAAUUAUAAUUACCUGAUGACUCCAAGUAUGUAGGGGUCAUUUGACUUUGACCAUGACCUACUGACCUACUUCCUUAUUUUUAAGAUACAGCCUUGUAAUUUGGAUGACAUUUACAGUUUUGCACACCGAUCUUAAAACUGACUUUCAGUGACCAUGAAUGUGACCUACUGACCUACUUUCUUAAUAUUUUAGCAUCAAACUGAUGACAUUUGAAACAUGUAGCUCAUAUUACUCAGGUGAGCAAUCCAGGGUCAUCAUGACCUUCUUGUUUCCAUUUUCCCAUCAUUCAGGUAUCAACAGAUACAAAAAGGGAGGUGUUAUCAGAUCUUAAAAGCAACAUGUCAACAGAAAGUGAUACUACUGAAAAUAUAGUGAUGUUCAGCCGGCUUGGUCAUUUUGCUGCAGAUGAAACUAUAUCUAAGGUAUCUAGAUACAUGGAAGAAAAUAGGAAUACUAUAGAUCUUAAAAGCAACGCAGCUGUGGACUAUGAUGUUAAUGAGGACUUAGAGCUCUACAAUAGAUUCGAUAUUUUACCUGUAGAUGAAACUAUGCUGGAAUCGGACGAGGACAUAAGAGAGGAAUCUGACAUUCGUGAUGAUUUUAUGUGUCCUAUAUGUCUAGAGCUAUUCUUUCGGCCACAUUUGGUCCGUUCUUGCGGUCAUGUAUUUUGUGAACAUUGUCUUCGUCAAUUAUGUAAAGCGACACCGAAAAUGACAAAGUGUCCAAUGUGUAGAGAGCUGAUCUACAAAUGUGUUUUUGACCCAGAUUUAACUGAAAAGAUAAAAGUCAAAUUUGAAAACCGGUAUAGGGAAAGACGCCUUGACGCGCGUCAGAUGAGAAAAGAUGACAACCCCCUACCUGGGUGUACAGAUGUUGAGUAUAACCGAUACUUGAAAAGAAAACAACAGCAGGCCUUCCACUCGCAAAGACGGACUACAGAACAAAGCAACAGCUUACGGUCAUACUUUGGCUGGUUUCUGAUCCUUUUUCUAGUAUAUAAAAUUUGGUUUUGGCUUGAUAACCAGACGGAGUACGAGUAUAAUAUAGGACUUAUUAUAGGUAGCUUUAAAUGUAAAUUGUUACUUUGUGAAGCAGUUCGUUAUUGCGUACAAAGGGUAAACAAACCUAUACCAAAACAAAUGCUGUAUAUUUUCAUAUUUUUUGUAGCUUUGGAAAGUUUAAACUGUAAAGGUUUACAGAUAGCAGCUAAUAUUUUCAUUCUAUUCUUAUACUCUAAAUAAGAUGUAAAUGAAUUGUGGUUAAGGUAAAUCAGUCCGUUUGAUAAACCGGAAGUAAUGGCGUAAUCCCAUUUAUCCGGCACGUAUACUGGCGCAAAAAUCAUGUUUUGGAUUAAUAGCAACACGUGAGAUAAUUUGAUAAAAUGGCAACGUUUCUUACAUUCGAAAGAUAAAAUAUGAUAUUAAAACGUUUUAUACGUCUGAUAAUUCCAAAUAAUAUAUUCAGAUCCACUUUAAAUGUGCAAUGUCUUUAAUCAUGGGCAAAUAGGACCUAUAUAUUUUAUGUCCUGAUAUUAUAGACCAUAUGUUAAUUUAUAAUUGUGGAAUGUUUGAUUAAAAUCUACAAUGUAGAAACAUUUCUAUUCGCGAAAAUGUCAUCCAAAUCGUGACUCAAAUUAUGUAAACUUGUGUGAGUUUAAAAGUUUCUAUUAAAAUAAGUCUAACAAAAAGUCAAGGACACACUCCACACUUUCUUAUGUGACGAAACUAUGUGCUGAAAUUUUGAAAAAAAAUCAGGAUUUAAUCAAGUUCUGCAUUAUAGAAGAUUUUUCAUCCAAACAUGCAUAUCUACCUUAAAACAUAUGGGUUUAUAAUAAAUUAAACUUGACCCAGUUUCCUGCAUUCAAUCAUUUUUACAAGCAAUAGAAUAAUUGAUAUAUAUUUUCCUUCUAACAAUGAUUCGCUGUUGGUAAUUAGACUAUUCGGACAAUGUAGAAUUUUGUGCCAUAUAUAUUAUGCCUGGCAAUUUGUAGGAGAAUGAGACAAAUACAUGUUUUUUUCCAUAUUUAAAAAAGAGGUUAGAACGACUUCCUAAUUUGCAUGAUAGCUGGUGUAAAAGAUAUCAAAAUAAUGACUACGUUCAAGAUUGUUGUAAAAAAAAUUCCAGACAGUAACUGAGAAGUUUGAUGUGAUGUUUGGCUAUCUGUCUGGCUGUCAGUCCACACAAUCUGGAUCCCAUGAUAGUUUGAAAUAUGUUAGACUUAGUAUGAUAAUAGACAAUAAGGAUAUUAUGCACGUUAUUUUUUUGAAACUAUGACCACAAUACAGGUUGCUAUUAAAAAGAAAUACGUUUAUUAUUACAAUAUAUAUAUAUAUAUAAUAUGUUAGAUUGUAGAUACCUACAUUGAAAUCCACACAUUUUAUAAUGGAAAUUUCUUAAACUGCAGAUCGCAGCUUUGAGUAAUUCAUGUAUUGUCUCAAGGCCCAGGUCGAAUCAUUUCAUGUCUGCUGCUUUGCAUUGACAAUCCUUGAUCACCUGCUACAUAACUUGGCAUAGAUGGCCCAUAUAGUUGCUGUUGGUUGAAAAAGAGAAAUAUCGUACGGUGAAAAAGGGUAAAUAGGCGGUAUUUGAUUACAAAGGUCAAGUAGAUAGAAUCUAAUAUCCGUUAAUUUAGUUUUUGAUCCAUUGGAGGAUAGCUAUUUAAUUUUGUAGAGUCAAAAUACUGGCAAAUAUUAGCUAAAGGGAAAUGUUUGAUAUAGCUUUACUAUACGGCAUACGGCAUAUGACUCAAGUUUUUUUCUGUUUGUAUACAAUUGUAAGGAAGUGAUUACAAGGAAAAUAGUUCCUCUGUUUGAUGUUGAAUAUUAAUGACGUUUUGAGUGAAAGACAUGCAAUAAAUCACAUGAUGUUAAACAGGAGACAUGAAAAUUUGUAAAAUUGGAUUGAAUAAGAAUGUUAGGACAAGUAUUUAAAUACAUGCUUUAAUGAGGAAAAUGUAUAAUCAUAAUCGGAUGUCUAAAAUGUUUAAAAGCCUGAAAUUGGCAUUUUAUUUUAUUUUAAAGAAAUCUGGGAGGAAGUCACUCAUUAGACUUGCAUAUAGACUAUCUUUAUCCACAAUUGAAUAUUUGUAGGUUAUUAUCUUUGUAUCGGGAUAUAUGCACGAGUUCUUCAGCGGAAAUAUUGCGCGACUUUAGGAGCGCAAUAUUCUUCCGCUGAAGAACGAGUGCAUAUUUCCCGAUGCAAAGAUAAUAACCUUUUUAUUGCAUACGCAUCUACACGUAUAGAUAUUAUAUAAAUAUCAUAAAUAUGUUCAACAGCCUGAAUAGGAUUGACAAUACUGAACUAAAUAGAAAAAAUAGUGCACAACACACACUGAAUUACGUCACGCACCUGAUAUGAAAUUCAGGCGUCAGUGUAUGAAAAAUAUUGACGUUUCCUGUACCAGUGUAACUUAACGGGGAAUAGAAACGAGUAUGUAAUAAUGAUCAUUAUAGUUUAAGUUCUGAAUUGUAUAAAUGCAUAUUUUGCUGUAUGUCCCAUAUUUUAGUAUAAUAAAAUCUGAAAUGAGGGCGAUCAGACAAUAAGUUUGUAACAUAGAAUGGACAGCCCUGGUAUAUAUAAGUCAACCGCUUCUCAGAUUUGACCGAGGACAAAUAGUUGGAAUUUCGAAAUGGUAAAUAAUUGCUAUUAAUAUGUUACUAAGCAAAAUUAUGCAGUUUUCUACAAUAUUGUGAGAGUUACCACCCAACUGUAACAGGACAUUGCCAGGAAACUGAAAUUUGCUGGAAAUACAUGCUGCCUGUCACUUUUGCAAUUAUGUACACUUAUUUUGAAACAAUAUUCCAUUUAUGCACAAUGGCCAUCCUAUUGGGUAAGAUUCUGUUCGUAAUAACUGGUGCACUAAGCUGUACUCCCUUUGAUGUUCCACACAGUUAUUUUACUUGUAGGCAAAUAUAUACCAGAUGCUGCUGUAAAUGGUGAUAUUGGCUGGCAACCAAUGACUUGUAGAGUUAAGAAAACUGUAGUACAGUUAUUGUCAAGAUUAGUGAAUAUGUCAACUAAUAGAAUGAAUAGAAAUGUAUUUGCUUGGUAAUAGAAAUUGUAAAAUUGAAAUUUCAAAGUUGUAAAAUUGUUUUUAAAAUACAAUUUGAAUACACAUGCAUGUGCUAUAUGUAAAACUCUGAUUCGAAAAUAUGUUAAUUCUUGGCGGCAUGCUGCAGUAAACAGGAUAAAUACACAAAGAGGAAAUGGUAGAAAUAAACCAAGAUUUUACAGAUCUUUCAAAACUAAUUUAAAACUAAUUUUUCAAGUUGAGCCAUAUUGUAAAUCAGUGUUGAACAGGUUUCACAGAGGUGCGAUAGCAAAGUUCCGUAGUGGUACAGCACCAAUUAAGGUUGAAAUAGGAGAUAUAACAAUGUUUUACUAGAAAGUGUUUUACUCCAUUGUCCUUUAUAUAUUGAUAUAAGACAACAAAUGAUGCUUAAAGCUUGUCAGCAGUUCUCUGAAUUUGAGGUUUUUAAAUUAUGUAGAGCAGGUAAAAAUAGAAGUAGAAGUAGAGUAGAAUAGUAUGCUUGUUUGUGUAGGCCAUUUGAUCUGUCUCAUGGAUAUUAUUGUUAUUUUUAUUUGUUCCAGUCAGCCAAAAUCCUUUCCUUCCUCUAUUGGUUAAAUCAGGGUAUCCAAUUAGUAAAUUAAUUGUUUGAUUUUUGAACUCUUAUGAAACACACACACACACACACACACAGAGAAAUUCUUUGGGUUAUUGUCAGGAAUCGAUAAAUGUUUAAGUAUUAUUUGACAGUUCACACUACCCACAUAAAUCAUGCAUAUUAUAUAGAUGAACAUUUUAAGUGAUUUUUUAAAACUGAAUUGAUAAAAAAUAUAAAGUACAUAAUCUGAGUAAGAAAGUUUGCCAAAAGUUUGUUGAAGUUAAACCUAUAAAGUAGUUAUUAGUAAUCUAAUAUCAAAGUAAUGAUUACUUGUGAAAUCUGUUAAACUACAUAUAUAUAACAUUUGGCUUUGUACUGGUUCGCAACGAAUAGUAAGCAUGCAAUGUUUUUGCUGAAAUAAUUAAGUAAGAUCAAACUGAUAUUAUAUUUAAUUAUAAUAAAGGUAACUUUUUGGCAAAUAUUCCUACUCAUACUUAAUAUUCUUACUCACACUUGAUAGGAUUAAAAUUUUAAGUAUUUUAAAGGCUGUGAUUAGUAUUGUAUAUGUGUGUAUGUAAAAUAGUUUAAGUUUAAGUCUUUUAUAACUCUAUAUCGAGUGACAGCACUCAUUGUGUUUAUACAUAAUAUAUAUGCUGAUGAGACUAUAAUAAAUAAAUAAAUGAAUACAUACAUAAAUAAAUACUUGACAAGAACUCAUAUUUCAUUACAUCUUAGGAUGGUUAGGCUAGAAAUGUUUUGACAUAUUCACUACACCAGUUGUACUUUGUGGCGCAAGGUUUUAUAUCACAUUAUGACACUUUCAAUGAUUGUUAUAAAUGUUUAUGGAAAAAUUGGUCUGAGGGGCCCUUCUUGAUACUUCAUUUUCUUGGCGGUUAAUUUUUUUUCACAUAAACAUGAGCAUUAAGACUUAUUAUAUGUGUUAUCUGAAAUAUUGUGACGCGCUUCCACAACAUUCUAUACGUUGUAUUACGGAUGGCUUGCCAGAUCAGUUGCAUGAAUGGUUGCUGAAAGUAAAACUGGUCUCUGAAAAAGCUAGGAAAUCUGUUGCAGUUAAUCAGACUCUCAUAUUUGAAAUUUUUCAUGCGUGAAGCCGCUUUGAAAAUCUAAAUCCCGUCAAACAGAUUUGAGCAUUUAAUUCUGUCCUAAUAAAAAGAUUUGCUGUUUUACCUGGAAAUAAAAAAUAAAAUAUAAACAUAUAAAUGUAAUGUCAUGAAAAUUCUUAAAAGACAUGUUGUGUCAAUUUGUAUGAUAUGUGGAAAAACAGGUGUUCAACCACUAUCUGAUAAUAUAAAAGAAGAGUUGUAUCCUUUUGGGUAUAAGACUAUCAAGUAAUAUCUAUGCUAUUUUGCUUAGUCAUUUUAAAUACAGUAACUCACAUAAUUUUCCGUGCAUUGUAAAUGUUAAAACCAUAAAUUACCUGUUGAAACUGGUAAUUGGAAUGGAAUACCACUAAAACAUAGAACUUGGGCAUAGUGUAAUUCAAGUAAAGGUGACGAAUUCCGCUAUCUAUUAGAAUGUCCAACACUUGUUGACGAAGUAUAUAAAAUCAGAAUUUGACAGAUUUCCAAAUAUUUUACACUGCGAAUAUGUCAUAAAUAUGAAUUUCAAUACUGUAGAAUAUAACAAAAAUAGGUAUUUUUGUUAAAAAAUACCAUCCAGAGGUUUAAGAAGUUUAUGAUAGUAAUUAUAUAAAUAUUUGAAAACGGUAGGCAUCUUUCUGUCUUUUCGGAAAGUCAUAUUUAUAUUGAUUUGGUUAGAAUUUGAGGACUUAUUGUUUCAAUUAUGUCAUAUUUGUAUUGUGUACUGUUGCAAAAUUGUAACUCUCCCGCAUGAAAAUAAACAUCAAACAUUUCGUAAUUAUGAGUUCGAUACAUGUUUUAGAACUUAAUGCUAAUAUUAUACCUGUUGUUAUGUCAAUACAUAAGCCACCUUAUAGUUAAAUGUAGCAUUGUAUGUAUUUUACCUCAUUAUGUCAUGUUACCACAAAUUGGGAGAAUAAACGAAUUUAAUUGAACCAACUCCAAAAAAGAGCCAAAAGCGACGCUAGAGCCGAAAACAAAUGUUGGCUCUCUCCACUUUAAAUACACUGAAGGACACUGUGAAUUCAGUAAAAUACCUUUCACAUCGUAGUUUAAAUCGUUUAGAAGAUAUUUAAAAGGUUAAUAAAGAAACAAAAGGUGUCAACAUCGAUCCAUUCAUAUUUUACAGCAUGUCAUCGUACAGUUCUGUGUUAUAGAGUCCAUUAAUGACUCCUAAACUCUGCUUCCUAUCACCAUAAUUAUAGGCGUCGAUAUUACUCAACCGAUAUGACGGUAUUCAUGCGUGGAGUUUGUGAGUACAAUAUUAAUUGUGUCAAAUGCGAUGAAACCGUGUUUGAAGUUUCACUCUAUGGACGCAUCAAGUACCUUAAAGCUGUGACACAGUUUUGGUCAAGAGACUAGAGGAGGUCAUUCUAGACUUUGAUUUAAACUGACUCAACUGAACGAAGCUUUCUGCUGACUACUACCCGGUAGCAUUUAGAUGCCACUCUAAACGGACAUGUACUAGCUGCCAUUUCCUAAACGGAAGCAAUUGGACAAGGGUCUAUAGUUUUCAGAGUAUAGGAUAGUGAAAAAGAUAAAAUGUAAGGGUAGGUUUCCCGAAAGCACAGAUCAACCCAAACACAGCCACAGAGCUUACUUUUGAGAGGUCAUAUCCGCGCAUCCUCAUGAUUCUUGCAUUUUUAUACAAUCUCUACCUCCCUGGAUGUAUUUACGAUGUUUGUACAAAAAUGCAAAAGAAGUUUAUUCAGGCGUAUGUUUGCUAGUUUUGUUGUUGUUCAGUAUAUUUUAGCGAUUCGUCUAGUACAAAAAAUCCUUUACUAAUAGGAAGAGAACGCAACUUCGGUAAUUGAUUCUUUUGUGUAACAUUUGAACAUUUACCAUGAAAAUGCACUAGCAUAACACAGCUUGGAAUAUAUCAUGCUAGAAGGUCGAUACUGUAUUUGCCCAGUGACCAUACAAUUCGUAUAAUAAAACGACAUCCCUGAUUUCUUUUUUCAAUU